UCCAGAUUUACCACCAGCUCCUUUGAACACACUUUUUUUUAGACUUUGGAGUGCUUGGCAGAGAGUGUGAGUCCAUUACCGCUGCUGAUCCCUGACAGUGGGCAUUGGGAGCCGUUUCAGAUUGUGGCUUUCCCUUAAAAGCAGGAUUGCCUUAACUUGGAAAGAGGAAGAACCUGCAUUAGGAUUCAGUUCUGAAGAACACAGUGCAGAAAAACUUCCUGUGCAACAUUUUGGUGGGACCAUUUGCUUGGAUUUUCCUGUUGGUGGAAAGUUCUUUCUACCAUGAAGCAAACUUGGGACAAGGGUGUUUUUGAGAAUGGUCACUCAAACAAUUCAGGAAACUGUGUGAAAUCUUCCACUGAACACCUCCAGAGUACCUCAGGAGAAAAGCUUGAUAGUAAAUCUGGUCCUCUGGGGGGAGCUCUAGGUGGAGUAGGUCAGAACUUGCUGCUGAGUCCCGCCAGUCUUCAGCUGGCUCAGCUUCAGGCCCAGCUCACCCUCCACCGUCUCAAACUCGCCCAGACCACCAACAACGCUGCUGCAGCCACUGUCCUGAAUCAGGUCCUCUCCAAUGUUGCCAUGUCCCAGCCUAUCUUCAACCAGCUCCGGGGCUCCAGCAUGGCCCAGGCACAUGGUGGGGCCUUCCCACCACCACCUAUAACCUUCCCACCUCCAAAGGCUGGCUUUGGAACACUUGUUAGUGGUGGUUUUAACCCAAAUCCUACUGGGAUCAGGCCCACUACCACACUAGGGGCGUCCAAUCAGAAAUUCAACCAGCACAAUGAUUACAGUAAAAAAGCCGGAACAUAUUUGACGGACACAGAACAUCGCUUGCCGUUUGGAUAUCUGGGAGGGGCUUCAGUGGUUACUAAUAAGGCAUGUGAUGCAGGACAGAAUGGUGGAGCAACUUCACAACCCAGGAACAAUGCCCAAAGCAAUUUUCAGAGAGACAUCUUUUCCUUGGAGACCCCAACUCAACAAAUUAGAUUCUUGGGAGGAGGCAAUGAUCAGAACCUGGGAUCUCUUUCCUCAUCAGCCCCUAAGGAGCAAUGGAAAGGCCAGAUGAACCUGGGCAAAAUGGACAUCGGUACAGGAGCAGGUUCUGGGCCUUGGGUACCAACCGGACCAGUGUUUGUGGGCCCAAGAGCAGAGCUUUAUAACCCUGAGGAACCCACAACAGAUCCCAAGUUCAAAUCAGCAUGUGGCCCAGCUAGGGUUGGGCCACCCAUAGGGCAGCAAGGGGGAUUUCAACAGCAGCCACAGCUCCACCAGUGUGAUGAGAGGGUGACAUUGUCCUUACAACCCCACCAGCUUAAUGACUAUCACGGGACAACUCCUUCACACCUACCCUAUCAGUGCACCAUUUGUGAGAAGAAGGUUUACAACUUGAAGGACUGGGACCAGCAUGUGAAGGGCAAGUUGCAUCUGCAAAACUGUUCGCUUUACACUGAGAGCCUGACGCUCGGAGCAGUGCACUUUCCAACGUCGUCUGAGGGAUGUUUCAACAUAGCAUUGAGCAACACUAUGGCAUACUCAACAGCUGCCGGUCAAGAUGUUUCAACUGGAAGUGCUUCCUCGUUUCCUCUCUCAGGGGCGGGAUUUACUUUGCACCAAUCAGGGACAAAGUUCCUUCAGCGUAAAGCAUUUCCUGGCCGCGUCAUCCACAUCUGUAACUUACCGGAGGGAAGCUGCACAGAGAAUGACGUCAUCAACCUUGGCCUGCCUUUUGGCAAAGUGACCAACUACAUCCUCAUGCGCUCAACGCAUCAGGCUUUUCUUGAAAUGGCAUACGUGGAGGCAGCUCAAGCUAUGGUACAGUACUACCAGCUGCAGCCAGCCACCCUCAAUGGACAGAAACUACUGAUCCGCAUGUCCAAAAGAUACAAGGAACUACAGUUAAAGAAACCAGGUAAAAAUGUUGACUCUAUAAUACAAGACAUAAAUUCACAAAGAGAUCGAGAUGAAAUGCAGGAAGCUGACAGGUACCUACCAGAACGAGGAAGAUCACGCAGUCCCGUCAGUCGUUCUCUGAGUCCUCGCUCCCACAGUCCGAGCUUCACUUCCUGUAGCUCCGCACACAGUCCACCGGUACUGCCAUGUCGGCCUGACUGGAUCAACGGCAUGGGGCCGUGCCGGGCCUCCUGGGACUGGACAUCCCACCCUCAAGGCGACGAUGGCCCACGUGAGAGAGAUGAUUGGAGGAAUGAUGAGGAAGAAAGACCCAACGGUUGGCUUCCUGAGCGCAGGAAGUCCUACCUUAAAACUGGGGACCGGAUCAGUUCACGAAUGGGGCCUGGAGACGACCGGAGAAGGGACUGGUAUUCCCGUGGAAGCCCCCAGGGAUCCUCUUUUUCUUCCUACCACUCCAUAGAUGACUUCUACAAGAAGGAGUCACUUUACAAGACUGAUAAACUGAGUAGGGCACCACAUCAGAGACAUGAUGGGAAAUCUAAAAGGCGGGAGGGUGGAGACUAUCACAGACCUCGACAUUCAGAGUCAGACAUGACGGAUGAAUCCAACCGGAUGGCCGAGAGCAGAGGACGCAGCAAGAGGCCGAGUCGGAGACAAGAGAAGGAGGAGAGGGAGUCUGAGAAUCAGAAGGAAGAAUAUCCAACCAAAGAGAGAUCAGCAUCUCCUUUGAAAAGCAAACCUUCAGAGUCCACAGAAAGAAAUGGUGACAGUGAGCAACUGGAUAGUGGAGAUGAUGGAGAGGAGGAGAGCUGGUAUCCUAAAAGCAUGGAGGAACUGGUAACAGUAGAUGAAGUUGGAGGAGAAGAAGACUCCAUCAUUGAACCUGAUCUACCUGAUCUUCACGAGGAAGACCAGCCCGUGGAGCCUAGUCAGUCAACAGUCAGCCCAAUCUCCAAAUCAGAGCCCCCAACACAAGGUGAGGAGCCUACAAUGGACCCAACUACACUUCCACCUCUAGAUUUGGUUACAGAAGUAAGCUCCAGUGGUAUUCCGCCCAGCUCUAGUGGGACAUCCCCAGGAACAUCUCUCCCAGAGCAUCUGGUCUCUCAACUCAACCAGUUCCCCUCUCAGGAGUUUAAAAGCACUUUGGAGACCUGCACCUCCAUAGGUAUGGAGAUAAAAACAAAAACACCAACAUUGGUGGACUCUCCAGACCACAACAGCACAUGCGAGAGUGGGAAAGUGAUGGACUCAUGCAAUGAUGCAAAAAAGGUGGUGGACAAGGAUAGCAAAGAACCACUUCACAAACAAGAAAGUCAAAAGAGAGAUAUUCCUGGAUCAUUGCCUGCCCCUUCACCUCAGAUGACUGAUAUCUCUGCUGUUUCACCCUCCCAAGAGCAGGAGAAAGCCAUAAGUGAACACAGCAUAUCAUUAGGUGUGGAGUUCAUCGUGCCAAAGACAGGAUUUUAUUGCAACCUGUGUGGCUUGUUUUACACCAGCGAACAGACAGCGAAGACAUCACACUGUCGGAGCACUAUUCACUACAGGAAUCUACAGAAGUAUCUGUCGCAGCUGGCGGAGGAAAGUCUCCUGAACUUUCACACUGAGUCGCCAAACACUGAAUGAAGCUAACGUGAGACUCAUGAGAGGACAGCACUGCUGGGAAUACUAAAAAAAGCCAUGGAGAGUGAGACAGAAAGACACAAUCAAUUAAGAAAGAGAGCGCUUGGAUCCUCAGUAUGCCCAAGAAUGUCAAGAAUAUCAAUUUGUAAAGAAACAGUUCAGAGUUGUGUUAUCAUUUACUCACCCUCAUGUCUUUGACACAAGAUGGUGUGUGUAUCCUGUGUGGUCCAGACAUUUUUAUCACAUUUGGCAGGUUUCCAUCAAUUUGCACAAUUUAGAAAUUGUGCAAAAGAAAACCUGAAUGGAAACGCUUGAUAUGCGAAUAAACUUUCUACAUUCGCUUAAAAUGUAAUGUGCUAGGAAGAAUUCUCUUUCCAGGGUGCCUUAAAAACGUAUUUAUUUUCCCUAGCUUUUAAUUAAUUGCAUUAUAAUUUGUACUAGGUAGAUUUUAUCUUAUUCUUGUUUUAUAGGUUUUAAAUGUUUUUUUUUUUGCAUUCUUAAGCUGUAUUAAUGUGAUUUUAUUUAUUUUUUAUUACUCCAUGUACAGCACUUUGGUACCCAGUGUGGUUUUUGAAAGUGCUUAUAAAUAAAAUUGAGUUGAGUUGAGUUGAGAAGUGGAUUUUCUAGAGUUUUGCUUUAGUUAAAAUGCACGUUAAAGUGAUAGAAAUGGUUUAUUCACGAAACGAUGACGUGUUUUGACAAUUCAUUCAUGAGUGUGCGUUAGCUUGAUGUGACUAGCCCACAGAAAGGUCCGACCUUAGCACAACGUAGCACUUGUCAUUCGGAAGUGUUUAACCCACAGCUGGUCGAUAAAGUGGGUUCUCACAAGUGCGUAGUUUGGCUUGAACAUUGGCGGGUUGUAGCAUGAAGCAUUUACAUAUUUCCAUUGAUCAUGGGGGGAUCUAUACUUCCCCCUGGAAUCUACACCCCUGGUCCUCACAAUCUGCCAGAACAAUUUUUAGGUUGGGCGCUCCCAGAUAUACAGAGACUGGUGGUGUUGUGUGUGCAUCGCAUGUAUUUCAGCCCACAUUAUAUCAGAUAUUACACUUAUUCUGCAGUGUCUCAUGGAUGCAUUUAAUAAAAUGAGAUACUUGCUCCAAUCUUGCUAAUAAAAAAGUCCCCAAAGCAGGGAGAGGUCAUUCAGCUGCUCCAUCAUGACAAGUUAUAAUGUGCAUUACUUAGUGGAUGGAAACGUGCAACAAUUCGUAUUUUCUUAAGUAACAUUUUACGAAAUGUGCUUAAAAGUGCUAAACAUUUUGGAUGGAAACCCAGUAACUGUGAACAAUAUGUAUCAGAAUGUGAAAUACACUGAUAAGUGUAGUGUUUACAUUAUUUGCAUAUGUCUAAAGCGCCUCAUUCAUACUCUAAAGCUUGCAUAUUUGUUGAUUUUCCUCUGUGGUGGACAAAUAUAAACUUUGUGCCUAAUUUAAAUUUGUAUUUAAAUGUAAAGAAAUGUAAAUUAUCCUCAGGUUAAUCAGUACUUAUACUUGUGAAUAUUCUUUUAAUGCUUUCUAAAGGAUUUUUUUUUUUUUUUGUCUAUUUGCAUCAUUUUUGAAUUGUUUCUAUUUAAAUGCAGGUGUUUAUUCAUGCUUGAAAUAUUCACAAUGUGCCUUAUAUUAAAAGUGCAAAGCCUUCAGUCUCAAAAUCAGUUGAACACAUAAAAAGAAAAGCUAUUUAUAUGUAGUGACUGUCAUAUUAUUUUUAUUUUUGCUUUUUGUCAUUGCAAAGCUCAGACUUUAAGGAAACUUGAACUGGACCAUGUUAAUUUAUCUAAUUUCAGAUUUAUUUGUGUAAAGACAAAGCAGGGUGUGUGUUUUAAUGCUAGUAAUAUUGGAAUGUUUCUGGAAGGUUUUUUCUCCCCAGUUGUUUUGUAUUGUGGUAUUAAUGGCAUCCUGAUUUCUGGAAGAAAAAAUCUAUAUAGUUGCUUCGGGAUGCUUUGGUUGUAAAUAAAAUAUUGAAAUAAACAUUU